CUUCAUUUCAAUUGGAAAUUGGAAUCGGCAGCACGCGGUCACACGUUUUCGGUCGCUUUCAAGUUCGGUGUGCAAUUCAAAUUGCAAAUUACCCAGUUAACAAGUGUUUUCUAAUAAAAUGACGGAAUUCGAUUUUGUCCCCAUCGCCGUGGGCGUAGUUGCCGUGGUUGCCGGCGCCCUGAUCGUCCACUAUCUGCUGAACAAGAAGUCGACAAAGCCACGUCGGGAACCCAAUCGCACCGCCCGCCUGCGUACUCUGGUGGACCCCAAUGACAAGUAUCUGCUGCCCCUCAUCGAGAAAGAAAAUCUCAGCCACGACACCAGGCGAUUCCGGUUUGGAUUGCCCUCCAAGCAACAUGUCCUUGGUCUGCCCGUUGGUCAGCACAUUCACCUGAUCGCCACCAUCGAUAAUGAGCUCGUCAUCCGGCCGUACACGCCCAUUUCAUCUGACGAAGAAGUGGGCUACGUGGAUCUGGUGGUCAAGGUGUACUUCAAGGACUCGCAUCCCAAGUUCCCCGCCGGCGGCAAGAUGACCCAGCAUCUAGAGCAACUCGAGUUGGGCGACAAGAUCUCGUUCCGUGGUCCCUCGGGCCGUCUUCAGUAUCUGGGCAACGGCACCUUCUCCAUCAAGAAACUGCGCAAGGAUCCGCCCAAGCACGUGACCGCCAAGCGGGUGAAUAUGAUUGCCGGCGGCACUGGCAUUACUCCCAUGCUUCAACUGGCCAGGGAAGUACUCAAGCGCAGCGAAAAGGACAAGACCGAGCUGGCGCUGCUGUUCGCCAAUCAGAGUGAAAAAGACAUUCUGCUGCGCACUGAACUUGACGAACUGGCCCAGAAGCAUCCCGAUCAAUUUAAGGUCUGGUACACCGUCGACAAGGCCGGUGAAGGUUGGCCGUACAGCGUUGGCUUCAUCAAUGAGGACAUGAUCGCCGCCCAUCUGCUUCCCGCCAAUGACGAUACCAUCGUGCUGCUCUGCGGCCCACCGCCCAUGAUCAACUUUGCCUGCAAUCCGGCGCUGGACAAGCUCGGCUACCACCCGGACACCCGAUUCGCCUACUAGAAACGAUCGCCCGAGGCGUAUUCCUGCGAAGCGAAAAGAAAUUGCAUUUCGGUUUUGUCAUUUUCCACGUUUAUCUGUUGCCCCAUACCAGCUCAUCCGAAUCCUCAGAAAUCCUCGAAAUCGCGGCCUGAGAUUUGAUGUGAUUAAACGCAAAGCGAAUGAAAACAACAUCGAUGCUAAUUGUUGAAAUUCUUUUUUAUGAUUUGUGAAUAAAUAACUGUUCAAGAAAAGAAA